UUCUCAUUAUAUCAAGGUCCCCUCCUUUACAUUACUACCCUCCAAAAUACUCUGUUUUUUCCCCCACAAAAAGCACAAAACUCCAUAGAAAAAAGGGAGAAAACAAUGGAGUAUUACAAUGACAAUGGCUUCUUAGAAGAAUUAUUACCUUUAAGAAGUGACUCAUGGGAUACUACAAGUGUAGUCCCUAUGGAAAUGUCAGAUUUUUACAACAAUGUCUACAAUUAUGAUUCAUCAUGUUUUGUUAAAACCCCUGUUGACAAUAUUCCACUUCCUGGUUCUACUAUUACUACUACUACUACUACUACUUCUAAUUCCUUUGAAGACUACUCAUACAACAAUUUGCCAUUUGACCAAAGUUUAAUAAAUUGUACUUCAUUUUAUAGCCCAUUUUGUGAUGAAUUUUGUCCACCAGAGCUUACUGAUAAUACAUCUUCAUUCCCUUCUCAAGAAGAUUUCUCAUCAAUCUUGGAUGAUGAAGUGGGGAACUAUAGUUUCCAAAAUUUGGAAAUGGGAAAUAAUAAUAAUAAUGUUCCCUGUAAAUUGGAGCAAAUUCAAGUAUCUGAAGGUGGUGCUGGAAGUGGAGUUCCAAGUUUCAAUAUUGGUUUGUGUCCAGAAAUUAAAAAAACAAAAUCAAAGAAAAUUGAUGGACAGCCUUCAAAGAAUUUAAUGGCUGAGAGAAGGAGAAGGAAAAGGCUUAAUGAUAGACUCUCUAUGCUUAGAUCAGUAGUUCCCAAGAUUAGCAAGAUGGACAGAACUUCAAUACUUGGAGAUACUAUAGACUACAUGAAGGAGCUACUAGAGAAAAUCAAUAAUUUGCAAGAAGAAAUGGAACUUGAACCAAAUCAGCUAAGCUUGAUGAGCAUAUUCAAAGAUGUAAAACCCAAUGAAAUGCUGGUCAGAAAUUCACCUAAGUUUGAUGUGGAAAGGAGAGGUGCAGAUAUAAAAGUGGAGAUAUGUUGUGCAGGGAAGCCUGGUCUUUUGUUAUCAACAGUGACCACACUAGAGGCCUUAGGCCUAGAGAUUCAACAGUGUGUAAUCAGCUCCUUUAGUGAUUUUGCAGUCCAAGCUUCUCUUUCUGAGGAAAUGGAGCAGAGAGGAGUUGUGAGUUCAGAAGACAUAAAGCAAGCAUUAUUCAGAAAUGCUGGAUAUGGAGGAAGGUGUCUGUAGGCCAUGUGGACUAAAUCUAGUCUAGAGGAAAAAGGGAAAAAAGUUUGGAUGUAUUUUUUUUGUUACUUGGUAGAUUCUUUGGAUCUCUGUAUUUUGACUAGUUAGGAUCUUUUUUUCUCAUCAAAGUGAGAUGUUGUAGUGGAUUUUUGUCAUCCAAAAUAAGUGGCUUCUAUUAAUGCAAAACGACUACUUGGGUUCCUUUUA